AUGCUCGACGAGGACAUAGCUCUCUUCGGAGACAGAGAGGCGGACGGAAAGACAGACAUUGUACGACGCCAGAGCAUGGACGACGCGUCGAGACUCGAAACAAAAGUAGCGCGUUCAAUUGAGGCGAAGCAAACGCACGUGAUGGUGACUAUUCAUGUGAUAUCAUCUGGAAACAUGACCAAACACAUCAAUCUCCUGGCCUGGCGAAAUAGCGACAACUCCUCCAACAUCCAAAAAGAAUCUGGUUCUCGAAUGCAAGCUCAAGCUGACAGAAGGGGCGAUGAUCUAUCAGCUGGAUUAUUCUAUUCAUAUACUGCAAAUAGACCCAGGCAUAAUCUAAUGGUCCUUGCUGAUUGGGCGAUAACGAUUCCUGCUGGUGGGGGAAGUAGACUCCACCUCCAAUGUUGUUGGCUUUUCCUCGGCUCUGCCGGGAAGUUGAUCACACUUCCAAUUACCGAUUCCCAUGAAGCAAACUGUUCCCGGAAGUUGUAUACCCCCUUCAUCGGGUCUGAGUCAGGUAAACGCACGAACAAAGCCUGUGUUCUAAUUGAACUAGGGCAUGGGAACCAGGCAGGGAAGCCAGACAUGUCAGGUAGACUUAUUCACUCGCAUGCAUUAGCAAAAGAGGUCCGGACUGGUAUAACUCCGGAACAAUUUCGAAAACAUAUCAAAUGCGCACAAAAAUAUUGCCUACCUGUAGAGUACUCAGCAAACAACUGA